AUGCUGACUUCUGCCGCAAGCUACGGUACCCUAUUGGGUGUGCAAGUGUUCCAGGCGCAACAGACAUUUAUCGGGGGCAUUAUCGCUUUCCGAGUGCUCCCUCGCCCUCAGUUCUCAACGUUGCAGACUGCGACAUUCCCCGUGUACUUCACGCUGCAGUCCGCACUUCCCGUAGUUGUCGCCUUGACUUCCAGCAAAGGUGCUCAGCUCAAUGGCAUUUCCGGACUUCUCGCUCCUGAGAAUCGAUUUGGAACACUCCUGCCCCUCGCAACUGUCGCAGUGGCUGGGCUGAUCAAUCAGGUUAUCCUGCGCCCACUCACUGUUAGGACGAUGAAGGAGAGGAAGCAUCAGGAAACCCGUGAUGGCAAGAAGAGCUAUGACCCUGCACCCCACUCAAAGGAGAUGAUGGCUCUGAACAAGAAAUUCGGCAGACUCCAUGGUCUGUCAAGUCUGGUCAACAUGGUCAGCCUUGCUGCUACAAUCUAUUACGGUGCAGUGCUCAGCAAGCGCCUGUCUUGA